AGAGGAGGAAGAGUAGAGAGUGAGCGAGAGAGUGAGCGAGAGAGAGAGAGAGAGAGAGAGAGGGGGGGAGGACGACAGGCGCUCACCUAUCACCGCUUUGAUCGCCAAAACGCUGGAAUUGAUCCGGCUCGCGCGGAACCUGCCGUCGUUACACGAGGAGGACGGAUCGUCUCGAGCUCGCGGAUUUUUUUUCUGUAGCGGCGGGAAGCUGAGGAAGGCGGCGCGCGUGUGAAGAAGAAGAAGAGGUUUUAUAUAACGGAUUCAAAUCCACGCAUACUUCGCGAGGAGAGGCACGGGCACACGGAGCCGGAGCCUGUCUCGUGCUACGCGCGCGUGAACCGUCCGGAAUACAGAUCCAGGUGGCGUGUGUAGAAAAACCACAGCCCAGUGCUGGAUCCCGGAGGGAGCAUUAGUGUGGUCAGGAACCCUUGACAAGAAGGAGGGUGCAUGGAGGGCUCAAGGCCGGUAAAGCUGGGGUCAUCAACCACCCUCUGGUUGGGGCUGGUCUCCGCCACUGUAGCCGCAGUCUGCGCCGCUGACUCCCAGACCACGCCCAGCCCCUUGCUACCCUCCAGCGGCAAUGGCACCUGCCGCGGGAACUACAAGUGUCGACCGGGCAUCAUCCUGCCAAUCUGGUACCCCGAGGACCCCUCCAUGGGGGACAAGGUCGCCCGGGUCAUCGUGUACUUUGUGGCCAUGAUCUACAUGUUCCUGGGGGUGUCUAUCAUCGCCGACCGCUUCAUGGCGGCCAUCGAGGUCAUCACGUCCCAGGAGAAGGAGAUCGUCAUCAAGAGGCCCAACGGGGAGACCACCACCACCACCAUCCGCGUGUGGAACGAGACGGUGUCCAACCUCACGCUGAUGGCGCUGGGCUCGUCCGCCCCCGAGAUCCUGCUCUCGGUCAUCGAGGUGUGCGGCCACGGGUACAACGCCGGCGAGCUCGGGCCCUCCACCAUCGUGGGCAGCGCGGCCUUCAACAUGUUCGUGAUCAUCGGCCUCUGCGUUUCCGUCAUCCCCGAGGGCGAGGUGCGCAAGGUCAAGCACCUGCGGGUGUUCUUCGUCACGGCCGGCUGGAGCGUCUUCGCCUACAUCUGGCUGUACAUGAUCCUGGCCGUGUUCUCGCCCAACGUGGUCCAGAUCUGGGAAGGCCUGGUCACGCUCGCCUUCUUCCCCAUAUGUGUGAUGCUGGCCUGGGUGGCGGACCGGCGGCUGCUCUUCUACAAGUUCAUGCACAAGAAGUACCGCCACGACAAGCACCGCGGCGUCAUCAUCGAGACGGAGACGGACCGGCCCAAGGGCAUCGAGAUGGACGGCAAGAUGGUGAACUCGCACUUUGCGGACGGCGGCGCCAGCAGCAACCUCAUAGGACAGAUCGAGGGCAAGGAAGUGGACGAGUCCCGGCGCGACAUGAUCCGCAUCCUGAAGGACUUGAAGCAGAAGUACCCGGAGAAGGACAUGGACCAGCUGGUGGAGAUGGCCAACUACUACGCCCUCUCGCACCAGCAGAAGAGCCGGGCCUUCUACCGGAUCCAGGCCACGCGCAUGAUGACGGGCGCCGGCAACAUCCUGAAGAAGCACGUGGCGGAGCAGGCCAAGAGGAGCCUCAGCGUGCAGGAGGUGCACGUGGAGGAGCCGGAGGAGUACGUGUCCCGCAUCGCCUUCGACCCGGCCGUCUACCAGUGUCUGGAGAACUGCGGUGCCGCCAUGCUCGCCGUCACCAGGAAGGGCGGCGACGUGGACAAGACCGUCUACGUGGAUUACAAAACCGAGGACGGCUCGGCCAACGCCGGAGCCGACUACGAGUUCAGCGAGGGCACGGUGGUCUUCAAGCCGGGCGAGACCGUGAAGGAGAUCAGCGUGGGCAUCAUCGACGACGACAUCUUCGAGGAGGACGAGCACUUUUUCGUGCGCCUCAGCAACCUGCGCGUGCUGGAGACGGAGGACGAGGUGCUGUCCCCCAACAGCCUGCCGUACCCGAUGGCCAUGCUGGGCUUCCCCAACGUGGCCACCGUCACCAUCCUGGACGACGACCACUCGGGCAUCUUCACCUUCGAGAGCGGCUCGGUGCACGUGAGCGAGAGCAUCGGCGUGAUGGAGGUGAAGGUGCUGCGGACGUCCGGCGCCCGCGGCACGGUGGUGGUGCCCUUCCGCACCAUGGAGGGGCUCGCCAAGGGUGGCGGGGAGGACUUCGAGGACACCUACGGGGAACUGGAGUUCAAGAACGACGAGACCUGAUAUUGACCGGAGAGGCCAAGCCUGCAUCUUCUUUCCCCGCUGUCCACAUCCCCAAAACAUCUCGGCUGAAAUAAAUCCACAUCAGACCAUCACAGAUUCGAUAACCCAUAUGGAGGUGAACAAAAAAAAACGGUUUGGGCUGAAAUAUGCUCAAACCUUUUUCACGAUAUUCCUUUACAAUGUGCUCAUUAUGGGAACCCUCUGGUUCCGAUGACAGGUCUAUUUCAGGACAACAUGUUUCUGAGCAUAUAUAGUUUGGUUUGUUUCGGGUUACUGUGUAUGGGGUUUUUUUUAGUGAUGGAUUUAACAAUGAGUAUGUCUCUCCUACCCUCUGAAUCUCUCUCUCUCUCCCUCCCUCUGCAUAUCUAGCUCUCUCUCCCUGUGCCACUCUCUCUCUGCAUCUCUCUCUCUCUCUCCCCCCCCCUCUCUCUCUCUCUCUCUCUCUCCCUCCUACUCACGCGUGCAUAGGCACACACGAACGUACACGUUUUAAAGUACUCGUGCACCUUUAUUUAUUUUCACCAACACCCAAUCUUGUCAUAUCAACAGGUGUGUUUAUUUGAUUGUUUGUUACGUUAUGAAUAUUUCCUAAAUAAUUUAUAUUCAUUCAUGUCAUUUUAUUUUCAUGAAUUAUGCAUGGGAAUACUUUUUAUGUUGACUGCUUUGUGUUAUUUUGUCAUUGGGGGGGAAAUAAAAUACAAUAUUUAAAUUUGAA